AUGUUGGGCCCUCUUGACGCCCUAACAUUUCCGGUGUUCAUCUUAGAUAACGUCCAUCAGGUUUCCGGCUGGAAAGAUGAUGGGAGACCCUCACGCAGCCUCAUUGUGCAAAAUGUCUUGAAGCAAAAGGGAGGCCUACUACAGGGGCCCACAGGCAAUUCCGUCAGCGUCUCGGUCAGCCGUCUGGUGCUCGAGCUCUUCCACGAGCUCAACAAGGACACGCGCACGCCUAUCUGCUCUCAAGUUUCAUCGACGAGUUGCACCAUUAAUCUGGUUAAUGCCAAAGUCAAGGUAGACGUUUCCAACUUUGUAUUCCCUUCCUGGUUCGAUCCGAAUGCUCAAGCACCUUUUGAUCAAGCUGGCCAUUGUCUUGGUCCCAGGGUUGCCGAGGCAGACCAGGUGCCCACAGCGGUAGCCAACAGCGCAGCCGACAGCCAGCCAACGGCGCAGCCAACAGCUAGCCAACAGCGCAGCCGGGCAGUUCGAGAGGAAAAAGAGGAGAGCUUCCACUCCCCAGCAACCACCUCCACUCCUUUAACGCCUCAUGUACCAGAGAAAGUGGAAGUGUCAAACGCACCCACUUACCGUGACGCCCCCAGCGAAUCCGACAUCCUGACCUACCCAGACAGCGAGUCAGACAUCCUGACCUACCCAGAGAUCCCUGAGGCGGGCCCCACGAUCCGAGACGCCCAGCUCUCUGUGACGCAAAUACCCCCCACAAUCGUAGCACCCGAUGUCGAGAGCCCCGCCCAGCUUCCUGCAACGCACGCAUCCCCAACAAUCGUAGCGACAGAAACGCGCACCCCCAAAAUCGUAGAGCCCGAUGCCCCUCCCCAAGUUCGGAGAACGAUACGAGUUGAGCUGACGGGCAACGUGGGUGUGAAGAAGGCCUCUACGCUCAUGAAGAAGAUGUCGAUUUCUCACAACCUGGGAAGCAGCCAUCGAUUCGAGAGGCACUUGGUCUUCACAAAAGCAAUUAGGAUAGGCUCGCUCACACCGGCCGCGAUCUCGCAGACGCUCGCGGCUGGCUGCGUCAAGGUCAAGACCUGGUUGAUCGGGCGGGACGGCCUGGUGCGGCUCACCUUCUCGGGAUACGGCCCAAACGAACGGGUCAUCGUGGACAAGACGCUCAAGCUGUGCGACGAGCACGUUGAGAAGGGCGAGCACCGGACGGACCCGACCUUGACCACCAUCCCGUACUGCGACCUCUGCCACGAUAUCGUCGCGGUGUACGACCGGCUCAAGAACCGAAGCGGGAAGCUCCCUCCGGAGCAACCGAUCCCUUGGCGCAGUGACUCUUGCCUCGGCGACGGCGCUGAUCACGGCAUCGACCUGACGCAGGGCUAUUUCGACUCUGGAGACUUUUGCCUCUUCGGCCUCCCUCUCGCCUACACCGUGACCAUGCUCUCGUACGGUUUGGUAGAGUAUGGCACGUUGUAUGGCCCCAACUACGCGCCGGCUUCCGACGCCGUCCGGUGGGGCACUGACUGGUUGAUAAAGGCGCACGCAUCCCCCAAUGAGCUUUACGUACAGGUGGGAGACGGCAACAUAGACCAUAAAUGCUGGCAAAGGCCCGAGAACCUGACCACACCGAGACCUUCUUUCGCAGUGAACGUCACCAGUCCAGGAACGGAACCUGCAGCAGAGGCCGCAGCGGCCCUCGCUGCGGCAUCGAUUGUCUUCAGAACGUCGGACCCUGCAUACUCUCAGACCUUGCUGGUUCAAGCCGCGCACCUGUUCCAAUUUGCAGACAAGUACCGUUUAACUUACGCGGUUUCGGUGCCUCAGGCAGCAGCCUUUUACAACUCCUACUCUGGUUACGGCGACGAGCUCCUGUGGGCUUCGGCCUGGCUGUUCAGAGCCACGUCCGAUCCGGUCUACCUCCGGUAUGCAACCGGCCCGAAUUUCGCUGACCCGUCGCUGGGGUGGCAAAACGCCGUCACCGAAUUCAGCUGGGACAGCAAGCUAGCGGGAGCGGUCGUUCUCUGGAGCCAGCUGGCUCCACCUGGCGCUUCGGUCCCUCUCGAUCAUUACAGGCAGGUUGCAAACGACUUCGCAUGCCAUUACGUGGCACCCAACGGUGUGCAAAAGACGCCGGCUGGUCUCGCUUGGCUGCGCGAAUGGAGCCCGUUGCAGUACGUCACGAGCAGUUCCUUCUUGAUCGCGGCCUAUGCGGACCACCUAGGGAAUGCCACCGUCACCUGUCCAGAUCGGGCCUACUCUGCUUUCGAGUUGAUUUUUUACAGCCAGGGGCAGGCCGACUACAUAUUGGGGUCGAACCCGCUCAGCUUGAGCUACAUGGUCGGCUUCACUGCAUCGUAUCCUACCCACGUCCACCAUCGCGCUGCGUCCAUACCCCAAGACGGGAUCGAAUACACCUGCGAUGGCGGCUUCCAAUUCUUCUCGACACCAAAACCCAACCCUACCAUCGUUGCUGGGGCGAUCGUGGGCGGUCCGGAUGCGUCGGAUGGCUAUUUGGACGUCAGGAGCGAAUUUCAACAGUCUGAGCCCAGCACGUACACCUUGGGGUGCUUCCUCGGUCUCCUUGCGAGGCUGUCUGGUAGCGUUCCUGGUGUGCCGGUGGCGAGCUCUGGCGCGCCUCCCACAAGUGCGCCCCCAAGCGUCGCUCCUGGAUCAGCACCUACCGCUGCCCCGAGCAUUGGCGCGCCUCCCCCGAGUGUUGGGCCCGGUGCGGCACCUACACCGGUACCUAGCGCAAGCGCCUCGGCCCCAAGCGUCGCUCCUGGAUCAGCACCUACGAGAGUUCCUAGCGCGCCCCCAAGUGUUGCUCCUCCCAGCGCGGCACCUACGCCGGUGCCUAGUGCAAGCGUAGGUCCUCCUGGGUUUGUACAAUGUAUGUGUGCUUGCAACGGAUUUUGA